AUGUUUAAUUUAGUGAUUCAUAGUUUAAUGGGAAUUUUGUUCCUGGCAGUUGCGGGACAAACAUCACUUGGGCAUAAAAACAUCAACCUUGUGUAUCACCCUAAUCAUGAAAAAGCCUUUUAUGAUGGAAUUACCCUGACGACUAGUGAAAUAUUCGGAGAAAGUCAUAAACCCGACGAUUCCAAUUUUAAGAAUUUUGGAGGAACGAAAGGGAAAUGGAAGGACCAGAGAAAUAAAAUCAAACAAAAGGACUUCAUCGAGAUCGAGAGGCAUAUCAAACCUCCAGAUGAAACACACAAGGUCCCGGAUGUGAAAGAGAGGGCGCGAAAUCGGCGUGGAGGUGGUAUGAUGAGUCAAAUGUCGCUUGGAAUGGGAGCUCUGGCCGACAAAUCCUUCAUUUACGGUCCUAGACCUCUGACUUCCGGAAACAUUCCCGGAAGUGGCCAAAGCGGAAAUGGACAAAGCAUGUCGUCCACAAGUUCCGGUCCUUUUGCUAAUAAAGAAAUGUCACAAUCUAUGUUUCCUGCUGGUUUAUCUAACAGAGGUGAGGGACUACCGAACGGUCUGUCCAGUGGCGGCACCGGUAUGUCGCCAUUUUCAGGGUCUGUGUCAGUUGGCGGAUCUAUGCGUGGUGGAGCCAGCCAGACGCCUUUCAAUAUGGCGAUGCUUUCUAUGCGCAGUCAGGCAGACCUGUCGCCCUCUAUGGGAGGAUUGUCAAUGAAUAGCGCAGGCGCAGACAGUUUAAUGGGCGGGUUUUUAAACAAGAACAAAGAAAAUUCAGACUCAGGGAAUCUAGAGAGGAAGAUUGUGUUUGGAGACACGGUUUCUAUCCAGUACGUGAAUGGCAAGAUCAUCGUUCCCAAGUCAUGGUCCCUGGAAAAAGUCAGGGCACUUCAGGCUCAAAUCAUGUCAGGUCACACUAGCAGUCAUCCUAGCAGCAGCUACACCAAUGGUAUGACAGCCAGCCAUUUAAAUACUGGUAGCCAUAGCAACGCCCGUAUCCCUGGUAACAGCCACAAAGGUCAAGGUUGUCCCCAGGUCUCCCCUGACUGUCCACAGUCCUGUGUGGAAUUCAGUGACCAGGGCUGUCCAGUCUGUUCCUGUGGCAGCGACAUUUGCCCAACCUUUCCUGCCGGAUGUCAGCGAGGGCGCGUGCGCAUUGACAAAGAUGGCUGCCCAGUAUGCGUAUCAAAACAAGUGGAUGAGAAUUGGUAUAACGAGAUAUGGAAUUCUGGGGCCUAAUUCAUCAGAAAUUACCAUAUAAAAUUUUUCAUAUAAAC